AAUCCUCUCAUCCAGCCGUCAUCUGCGCUGCGCGUCGCGUAUCCUCCAUCUCCACCUUCCCCUCAUCCCCUGCGACCCGGUGCCGCCGGCGCGCCGCCCCUCCACCGUGAGAAUCAAACUCUCGCCGCCGGCCAUGUCGUUGCCCUCCCCGUCGGCCGCCUCUCCGCUUUCCCCGGUCUCAUUGCUGCUCUCCCCUCGCUGCCCUCCCCCGGCCCUCGUCGCCGCCGCCCCCCUCCUCCCCUCCCGGCGGCCGCCUGUCUACCCUCCCCCGGUCACAUCGCUGCCCUCCUCGCUGGCCAGCUCUCUGCCCUCCCCUGGCCGGCUCUCCUCCCUCCCCUGCAGCCGGCUUUCUUCCCUCCUCCUCGCUAACCGCUUGCCUGCAUUAGUUCUGUAUUUGGAGUCGACACCUACGCAUUUGAUUCAGGCUCUUCUGUUCAUUGCAGGUGCUCAUUUGAUAUGCUACCCCGGUGCAUUUAACAUGACUACAGGGCCAUUGCACUGGGAAUUACUGCAAAGGGCAAGGUGGUGUAAAAGGUCGUUGCUCUGAUGCAAAGAUGGAAAGAGUUGCUAAAUGAGGGCGAUCAAGGGCAAGUCGAUAAGGGGAAGGAAGUGAUCCUGGAGAAUUUGGCGCGACUUCGGCAACUGUGUGAUCCUCCUGAAUCUGAUUUUGUUUUGUUUUGUUUUGUUUUGUUUUUUGGGGUGGGGGGGG